AUGGACGCGACGUCGGCAACGCUGCAGGGCGUCGCGCUGCGGGGCCUUUGCUCUGGCUACUUCGAGACGCACGUUUCUCCGGUGCUCAAGUACGUCUCGCAGUCCCAGGAGCACAUCAACGUUCAGUUGGAGGACAUCCGCAAGGCCCUGAGCAGCAAGGCUUCCGUCGCGGAGGUGCUCACGCGCGAGGAGUUCCAGAGGUUCAAGGCGUCGAACCUCCUGGAGGACUCCAAGGGCGUCAGCACGCUGGCCAGGCUGCAGGACCUGACCGCGACCCUGAAGGGCAAGGCGGACGCCAAGGCAGUGCCCACCAGGGAGCAGCUGUCGCAGCUGGACAGCUCGGUGCAGCGCAAGCUCUCGCAAUUCAGCAGCACCCUAGAGCUCCGGGUGGCCAACUUGGCCACGGCCGUCGAGCAGUUGCAGGCCUCGCCAGCCUUUGCCGCCAAGGAGGUCUGUGCCGAGAGCGGCGGCCUUGCAGGGUCGUCGGAGGCCGCGAAGGCGGCGCUGCAGGCUCAGGAGAGCUACACGGAGGAGAUGAAGCGGAUCAAGGUCCUCGUCGCCGCCGCGGGCUCGCGCUUCGACAAGCAGCUGCGGGAGGUGCGGGCGCAGAUAAAGGAGCUGCGGGAGGAGCUGCGCGCGGACCCGCAGGCGGCGCCCGUGGCCAGCGGUCGCGGGGAGGCCCCGGGCGAGGCGGACGAGCUGACGACGCCGCGCGGCCUGCCGCUGGCGACGCCGCUGGGCGAGCGGUGGCCAGGCCGCAGCCUGAGCGACCUCGGGAGGCCGGAGUCCGAGGUCGGCUCCGACAUCGGGUCGCAGGCGCCUUCCUUUGCCCCCUCGUACACGGGCCUGUCGCCCGACGAGCUGCAGGAGCUGAAGAAGGUCCAGGCUGUCGUUGGUGCCGCGGGCACCGCCUUCACGAAGGAGCUGAAGGACAUCCGCAGGCAGAUGGGCGAGCAGAAGGAGAGGCUCGGCCGCCUGGAAUCGCUGGUCACACUUCAGAAGGUCACGCUAUCAGUCUCUGGGUCUUUCGAAUCUGGCAGAUUCUUUGCCGGUCACAACGUGGAGUUCGUCAUGGAAGACGUGACAGUUGUAGCCAGGUUUUGCAGCUACACGUGGGGAAAGAUGCGGGGUGCCACGGUCAUGGUGAGCACGUGCGGUGCCAACUUUGCCAACGUGCGCCGCAAGUUCGCGAUCAGGCAGUCGGAGCGCGCCCACUUUCCGAGCGCGCGUGCUGCCACGGCCCUUUCAGAGUCCACGCGCGUGUCUUUCACUCGUGGCUUGCGCGUGAUCGCCCCGCUGAGAAUCUCAGGUGCGGCCAGCGCGAACGCCGCCGCGGCCGCGCAGCCGCGGGCAGGCGCGGGCGCGGCGGCGCACGGGGGCCGCCGCUCCGGCAGAGGGCGGCUGGCGCGGCUGGCGCUGGCGGCGGCGGCGGGGCUGGCGCUGUGGCGGCGGCUGCCGCCGUGGGUGCCGCCCGCGCCGGGCUCGGCGGAGGGCGGCGCCGCGGAGGCGCACGGGGCCGAGGCGAGGCGGAGGCUCGCCGGCGUCUUCGGCGCCACGCUGGCCGCGGCGGCGCUGGACGACGCGCUGCCGCCCGGCGCGCUGGCGGUGGCGGCCCUGUCGGCAGCGGUCGCCUCGGACGCCCUGCCGCUCGAGAGGGCCGCCUCGGGCUUCGGCAGCGAGGUGCCGUGGCUCGUGCUCGCGUCCUUCUUCCUGGCGCGCGCCUUCGAGAGCACCGGGCUGUCGCAGAGGGUGGGCCUGCACUUCCUGCGCGCCUUCGGCGGCAGCGCCCCUGACCUGGCGUACGGCCUCUGCCUCGCGGAGGUGGGCCUGGGCCUGCUGCUGCCGUCCUCGGCGGCCCGGUCGGUGGGCAUCCUGCUGCCGCUGGCCGCGGCGGUGGAGCACGAGGCGAGCGCCGCCGGCGCCGGCGGCGAGGGGGGCGAGCUCCGGGCGUUCCUCGCCCUCGCGGCCUUCCAUGCCACGGCGCACGGGGCGUCCCUGUGGAUCACGGGGGCGUGCCUGAACUUCAUGGCGCUGGGCGUCGCCAGGGACCUGGGCGCGGAGACGGCGCGCGGCGACUUCGUGGAGUGGUUGCUGCCGGCCAGCGUGCCCGCGCUGGUCGGGCUGGUGGCCACCCCGGCUGUGGCGGCGGCGCUGGCUGGGGUGCGCAGCUGGCACGCGCGAACUCCCGACCUGCCCGCGAAGGCCACCGCGAGGCUGGCGGAGCUGCCGCCGCCGUCCCGGGAGGAGUCGAUCUUGAUGGCCAUCCUCGCAGUGGCCGCCGCCAUGUGGUCU